GUCCAAAAACAAACCAGAGUCCAGAUCGGAAGCAGCUGUACAUCGACCAAGGAGAAGAAACCGAUCGUCGUAUCCGGGACUCCUCUGGGCGCGCCGACUCGCCGGUCUGUUCUCUCUCUCUCUCUCUCUCUCUCUCUCUCUCAGUGGUGGUGCGGUGGCUGCGAGGGGAGUGGCGCAGGGGUAAGAUCGGAAGAAGCUCUCUUUCUCAUGGAAUCUCGCCAAUAUUGGUGAGAAAUAAAAUGGGGUUUUAAGGGGUUCUUGAUUCUCACCCUCCCUCUCCUUCUCUAACCGUUUCUCACCAUUUUGAUCAUCCAAAUGUGAGAGAGAGUCCCCUCUCCCUCAGUUUCUUUUCUUUUCUCCUGAAAUCAUUCAAUCCAAAGCAAACAUAUCGGUGAUAGCAAAGUUCAACAUGGCAGAGGAAGAAGUAGUAGUGAAGUCAUUCAAAGAUCUUGGACUAUGUGAUCAGUUGUUAGAGGCCUGUGACAAUCUAGGUUGGAAACUGCCAUCCAAGAUACAGGUCGAAGCCAUUCCUCAUGGACUUGAAGGAAAGGACCUGAUCGGGCUUGCACAAACAGGAUCUGGUAAAACUGGAGCUUUCGCACUUCCUAUUCUCCAAGCCCUUUUGGAAACUCCUCAAGCAUUCUUCGCUUGUGUGCUCUCCCCCACACGGGAACUUGCUAUCCAGAUUGCUGAACAGUUUGAAGCUUUAGGGUCUGGUAUCGGUUUAAAGUGUGCUGUGCUGGUUGGAGGGGUUGAUCAUGUGCAACAAAGCAUUGCCCUUGGGAAGCGGCCACAUAUUGUUGUGGCAACUCCUGGUCGCCUUGAGGAUCAUCUGUCCAAUACUAAAGGAUUUUCUCUUCGUACUUUGAAAUACUUGGUAUUAGAUGAAGCAGAUAGGUUGCUGAAUGAUGAUUUUGAGAAAGCAAUUGAUAAGAUUUUGGAAGCUAUUCCUCGCGAGCGGAAGACAUAUUUAUUCUCUGCUACUAUGACAAAAAAGGUGCGGAAGCUCCAGAGGGCUUGUCUGAGGAAUCCUGUGAAGAUUGAGGCCUCAUCUAAAUAUUCCACUGUUGAUACCCUAAAGCAACAAUAUCUUUUGGUGCCUUCGACGCACAAGGAGUGCUAUCUCAUAUAUAUCCUGACUGAGAUGUCUACAAGUACAUCAAUGGUUUUCACUCGAACAUGUGAUUCAACAAGCCUUCUGGCUCUAAUGCUUCGAAACCUGGGUCUAAGAGCCAUACCAAUUAGUGGUCAAAUGAGCCAGGCCAAAAGACUUGGAGCCUUAAACAAGUUCAAAGCUGGGGAGUGUAAUAUCCUUGUGUGCACUGAUGUGGCCAGUAGAGGGCUUGAUAUUCCAAACGUUGAUUUGGUUAUCAAUUAUGAUAUCCCCUCAAAUUCAAAGGAUUACAUACAUCGAGUUGGAAGAACUGCUCGGGCAGGGCGAUCUGGUGUUGCAAUCUCAAUAGUCAGUCAGUACGAGUUCGAGUGGUAUUUGCAGAUAGAGAAUCUUAUUGGGAAGAAGCUGCCGUUGUUUCCAGCUCAAGAAGAAGAAGUUCUGCUGCUGUUAGAGCGCGUCUCAGAGGCGAGAAGAAUAUCCAUUAUGAAAAUCAAAGAAAAUGGUGGGAAGAAUAAGAGAAGAGGUGGAGGAGAUGAGGGCGAGGAAGAAGUUGAGAGAUAUGUGAAAGGAAAAGCAAUUAAGAAGUCGAAGAAAAGAUGAUGGAAAGAGCAGCAGUCAAACAGUGCAUGAAUGUGAGAUCCUCCCGGCAAAUUUUGUUUACUUUUCUGUCACAAUUUUGCUGUUGUAACUCGUGAGUUUUCUCUAAUGUGUAACGUAAACCAGUCUACAAUUCGGCUAUUCUAUUUUGUAAGAACCCAAGUUUUUCAUUGCGUUAUUGGUGUUCUUAAGCUA